AUGGCAAUGAUGAUCACGAGGGAUGUACUUGAGGUCGGAGGAGGCGGCGGCGGAAUCAGCUACGAGGACUGGAGCGACUGCCUCCAGACUUAUCUCCUCUCUCGAGAUCUCUGGCACUUGGUCGUUGACGAGCAACCCAUUGACGGUAAUAUCAGUAGUACUGAAGGACGUUGCUGGCGGCGGGAGAACGCGGCGGCGCUGCACGCGAUCAAGAUCUCGUGCGGCAGCGGACUUCUCCGGCAGAUUAGGGGGAUCACUUCCGCCAAGGAAGCUUGGGAGGCCGUCGCCACUUUAUAUUACGAUCAGGUUGAGAAGCAGCAGGCAGAGCUGCUGCUUGAUGUUCAGGAGCUUCCGUCGGGAAAUGUCAACGUACAAGAGGUUAACCAGCCGGCCGACGAUGACUUGGCGGAGCUGGAAGCCUGCAUACGUAGAGGUGACAUAGCCCGACUACGUGAUUUGAUUGGACGGAACCCAGAUUCGGCGACGAGGCGGUUCCCCGGCGGGCGGCGGGGGACCGGCCUGCAUCUGGCGGCUAAGUUCGGAGAGGCGGAGGUCGGCUAUGAGCUGAUGCGGGCAAUGAGAGAGGAGGACCUCGAGAUCAAGGACGGUGACGGCUGCACGGCGCUUCACAUUGCGGUGGCGGGAGGCCAUCGCCGGAUGGUGCGGGAGAUGGUUUACAGAAACAAGAAGUUGGCCGCCAUUUUCAGCGGUAUUAUAAGAAGUCAACGAGGAGCGGCGGUCCUGCCGGUGGAAGAGGCCUCUCGGAAGGGCAAUUCCGAUCUGGUUAAAUUGCUUUACAUCGUCACUCCACUUAGGAUGCUGUUUGACGAGAACGACGGCAAGCACGGUGCCAGUGUGCUCAAGUUCUGUAUCCACCGUGGAAUAUGGAGCAUUGCAUUGGAUAUGCUGAGGCAUCGCCCAAGCAUGGCUACAACCAUGGAUGCCAAUAAUUUUAAUGCUGCUAUUCAGUUAUCUCUCAUGUCGACUUCAUUCCCCAGCGGAAGUCCAGUUGUCUUCUAUCUACGAACCUUAUACUCAUAUAUAAGGGUAAGACUACCUGGUCCUUUGCACCCAGAAGAGGACAACUUUGGGAUGAGUUCAUUGAGCAACACCAAACAAACCAUUGAUCGACAAGAGGAGACUUGGUGCCGUAAGUUCAACAAAACCUAUCACUUGAAAAUGGCCCACAUGUGUUCUCUCGAACUCCUAACCCUCGUAUGCCAACAUGUUUCCUCAAUAUCAUCGACCCCGGCCGGUUUGAGAAAGCUCGAAGGCCACGGGGUGUGCGAAGCAUUCCACAAGGCCGUGGAGAAUGGGAUUGUCGAAUUCGUUGAGGAGGCAGCGAAAGCAUGCCCUGCUUUGUUGUACAAAGUCGACGACAGAGGCAGGAAUGCGUUCAUGACGGCGGUUGAGUAUCGACAAGAGCAGGUUUUCAAUCUCUUUGUCGUUGGCGCCCUCAUAAUCACGAUCAUGUUCACCGCCGCGCUCACGGUCCCCGGCGGGAACAAGGACACUGGGCUCCCGACCCUCCUCGACGAUAGGUCGUUCAAGAUCUUCAUGAUAUCCGACGCCAUCUCCCUCUAUGCCGCGUCCACUUCAGUCCUAAUGUUCCUGGCCAUCCUCACGGCGCGCUACUCCAUGGCUGAUUUCCUUAGAUCCCUCCCCACGAAGAUGGUGAUCGGGUUGUCGACGCUCUUCGUCUCGAUCGCGGCCAUGAUGGUGACUUUCUCUGCUACCGUUGUGAUAGUCAUGGACCGGCAGUUGGAGUUUGUGGUUCCGAUGAUACUGCUGGCUGCCGUGCCGGUCACUCUGUUUAUGUUGCUGCAGUUUCCGUUGCUCAUCGAGAUUGUCAUGUCGACCUACGGGCCUAGCAUCUUCAAUAGAAACUUGAAACCAUGGCUUUGA